AUGCCAAGCUGUUCGGUCCUGGGCUGUGUUAGCAGGCCCCUCAGAGGAAGUGCGAUGGCCGCAGCAGCGGCUGCGUCUCACCUGAACCUGGAUGCCCUCCGGGAAGUGCUGGAAUGCCCCAUCUGCAUGGAGUCCUUCACAGAGGAGCAGCUGCGGCCCAAGCUCCUGCACUGUGGCCACACCAUCUGCCGCCAGUGCCUGGAGAAGCUCCUGGCCAGUAGCAUCAAUGGUGUGCGCUGUCCCUUCUGCAGCAAGAUUACCCGCAUCACCAGCCUCACCCAGCUGACGGACAACCUGACCGUGCUGAAGAUCAUUGACACGGCGGGGCUCAGUGAGGCCGUGGGGCUGCUCAUGUGCCGGUCCUGUGGGCGGCGGCUGCCCCGGCAGUUCUGCAGGAGCUGCGGCCUGGUGCUGUGUGAGCCCUGCCGGGAGGCUGACCACCAGCCCCCUGGCCACUGUACGCUCCCCGUCAAAGAGGCAGCCGAGGAGCGGCGCCACGACUUCGGAGAGAAGCUGGCCCGUCUGCGGGAGCUCAUGGGGGAGCUGCAGCGGCGGAAGGUAGCCUUGGAAGGGGUCUCCAAGGACCUCCAGGCCAGGUAUAAAGCAGUGCUCCAGGAGUACGGGCACGAGGAGCGCAGGGUCCAGGAAGAGCUGGCCCGCUCUCGGAAGUUCUUCACGGGCUCUCUGGCCGAGGUGGAGAAGUCCAACAGUCAGGUGGUGGAGGAGCAGAGUUACCUGCUUAACAUUGCCGAGGUGCAGGCAGUGUCUCGCUGUGACUACUUCCUGGCCAAGAUCAAGCAGGCGGACGUCGCGCUCCUGGAGGAGACCGCGGACGAGGAGGAGCCGGAGCUCACGGCCAGCCUGCCCCGCGAGCUUACCCUGCAGGACGUGGAGCUGCUUAAGGUCGGCCACGUCGGCCCCCUCCAAAUCGGGCAGGCUGUUAAGAAGCCCCGGACCGUCAACAUGGAAGACUCCUGGGCCAUGGAGGCGGCAGCCUCUGCCGCCUCUACCUCUGUUACGUUCAGAGAGAUGGACGUGAGCCCCGAGGAAGUGGUCGCCAGCCCGAGGGCCUCGCCUGCGAAGCAGCGGGGCUCCGAGCCAGCUGCCAACAUCCAGCAGUGCCUCUUCCUCAAGAAGAUGGGAGCCAAAGGCAGCACGCCAGGCAUGUUCAACCUCCCGGUGAGUCUCUACGUGACCGGUCAGGGCGAGGUGCUGGUUGCCGACCGAGGCAACUACCGAAUCCAAGUGUUCACUCGCAAAGGCUUUUUGAAGGAGAUCCGCCGCAGCCCCAGUGGCAUUGACAGCUUUGUGCUGAGCUUCCUUGGGGCUGAUCUGCCCAACCUCACGCCUCUCUCAGUGGCCAUGAACUGCCAGGGGCUGAUUGGUGUGACUGACAGCUAUGACAACUCCCUCAAGGUAUACACCUUGGAUGGCCACUGCGUGGCCUGUCACCGGAGCCAGCUGAGCAAACCCUGGGGCAUCACAGCCCUUCCAUCUGGCCAGUUCGUGGUAACUGAUGUGGAAGGUGGAAAGCUCUGGUGCUUCACUGUUGACCGGGGGGCAGGGGUGGUCAAAUACAGCUGCCUCUGUAGUGCCGUGCGGCCCAAGUUUGUCACCUGCGACGCUGAGGGCACCGUCUACUUCACGCAGGGCUUGGGCCUCAAUCUGGAGAAUCGGCAGAACGAGCACCACCUGGAGGGCGGCUUUUCCAUUGGCUCUGUGGGCCCCGAUGGGCAGCUGGGUCGCCAGAUUAGCCACUUUUUCUCAGAGAAUGAGGAUUUCCGCUGCAUUGCCGGCAUGUGUGUGGAUGCUCGUGGCGAUCUCAUUGUGGCCGAUAGCAGUCGAAAGGAAAUUCUCCACUUUCCCAAGGGCGGGGGCUAUAGUGUGCUCAUUCGAGAGGGGCUCACGUGUCCAGUGGGCAUCGCCCUCACUCCUAAAGGGCAGCUGUUGGUCUUGGACUGUUGGGAUCACUGCAUCAAGAUCUAUAGCUACCAUCUGAGAAGAUACUCCACCCCUUAG